AUGACUCCCAUCGACACAGACUCCCUCUCGAAGUUGUACCAAUCUUACAAGGCGUCAACCAACUCUCUCUUGACAUGGCUCUGGUGUCAGUACCACCUUGAGGAACCGCAAGCCGCUGGAGGCCGCAAAUUCGAAUCCACCAGCGACAUUCUCAAGGCAGCCAAGGUUCUCCAGCAGGCCAAAUCGACUGUCCCGAGUUCCGUCAUUGGCAUUCUAAGGGAUGCCAUUACGAAGCGCAAAAACGUCUUCAGCAUCUACCAGAAGCUCGGUGCUGCUGAUCAUGGUCAUGAACCUUUUGUUCUCCGGUCCGUUUCAUCGACACAUGCCUAG